UUGAUUAUUUUCCAAUGGCUUUUCUCCAUAAACAGGUUUCACACCAAGAGGCCUCCUCAUUAGACAAAAGGGACAUGUACAACCAGAGCUUUCAGGAAUCCAACAUGCGAGAUCACAACUUCAAUGUUACCGUGUAUGCACAUGUGGGGCAGCUGAUAGUCGCAAGCAUUGGACUUCCUUUGACUGUUAUUGCCAUCUUUGCAGUUUAUCUCCUGAUAAAAAAAGAUCACGUCACUCCAGUCUACAUCAUCAACCUUCUUCUUUCUGACCUAAUUCAGCUCUGCUGCAUGAUUGCAGAGAACUUAGUCCAUGGUAAUGUUGUCGUCCAUUACACCUACUUUUAUGGUUUGAUGGUCAGCAUAGGAUUCAUGGUGUGUAUCUCUUUGGAAAGGUAUUUAGCCGUUGCGCGGCCAUUGUGGUAUCGCUUCAGGCGAAACAUCAAGACAUCUCUGGUGGUGUGCAUUGUCAUCUGGAUGCUUCCUAUGUUUUUCAUCCUUUCUAUUUUACUAAAGUUGGGUUUUCAGGUCAUAGGGUUCUUCUGUGCCGUCUUCUUCCUCCUGCCGUUGCCUCUGUUAACGUUCUUCCUGGUUGGGACCGUUAAAGCCUUGUCUGCAGCCCACGGUGUGUCUGCUGAAGAAAAGCGGAGAAUUGUGGCUAUUCUGGUUGUAGUGCUCCUUACUUACACAGUUUUAUUCUUUCCCAGUAUCAUUUGGUUUUUGGUCAAAGAAAUCAGACAUAUGGAUGUUUUUAACAAUAUAACAUUCAUAUUGCAGACUUUUAGUCCUCUUGCUGACCUGACUAUGUAUCUUUUCCUGAGGAAAAGUGCCGUAGACAAGCUUCUGAUUUCAAUUUGUUGUUGCAAAAUGCAUGAUGAGCAACAGAUGGGCAACACCAGUACAGGCAGCCCAGGUGUUUCGACAGAGCAGGUAGCAUAAAUAUCCUUUUUCCAGUCUGCUCCCGACCGAGGACGUUUCUAUCAGACCAAUUCCAGGCUUUUGACAAUUUUAGGUAAAUAACUUUGUUAAAGAUAUUUCAUGCUUUCUUUCACAUGUCCAUCUGAAAAACCAGGAGCAUCUGUAGGAUCCAGAGAAGCUGCUGUGUGGAUUUACAUCUUUUAGAGUUGAACAACCAGCCACUGCUACGUAAAUCGUUCACUUCAAAAGAAUCUUCAGCUGAUCCAGACUCUGCAGUCGCAGUUUAUCUGGAAAGAGCUUCUACUCAUUGUUUUUAUACUUUUACACCGUUUUACAUUUUUUGACAUGCUGCUUUGAGUUUUGCUGACUUCAGGAAUGAGUGGAUCUGGUCAUUAACAG